AUGUUUCACGAAGGAGACCUCCAGAGCGGCAUAACCCUAGCCAUGCAGCAGGGCAAAACUGUCGCAUGCUUUGAAGACGACAGCUCUGACAGCGACACUUGGGAAUAUGGAUGGUUAGAGGAUGAGGCCCUCAAAGACCUCCUAGCACAGAACGUCGUGCUUCUACGCAUAUGGGCCGGCUCCGUGGAGCAUGGCUUCCUUGCGCACUUCUGCCCGGUAGAGCUAGCGCCUAGUCUCGUUCUGAUAGAUAAUGGACAGCUCAAAGAGAACCUUUCGAGGGAUAUCACGCGGGGAGAGUUUGUGCGCCGCUUGCGCACAGCUUUUGGAGCCGAUGCAUCAAGCACAAAGGAAGAUGUGGCUAUGGAUGAAGCCCCCGAGUCGGCGACUGAGGAACAAACCCCCAUUACUGGAACUAGCGACUCGCCGAUAGGCGGACAUCCGGCGACUUUCAGACACGCUGAGCCUUCGGUAGCUGCUGCUUACGAAACACUCGACUCCACCGAAUCUACCCCCCCAACAGCGACCCCCGCGUCCUCAACCCCCGAACCACCUCCCGAGCCGAACCCCGCCGUCCAAGCCCUCCUGCUCGAGCGCGCUGCUCGGUUAGACGCUGAACGCGCGGCGCGCGAAGAAGCGGAACGGGUUGCACGCGCCGAGAAAGCAGCCGGGAAGAGGCGCGCCGUUGAUACCGAGGUAGAGGCCAGUGGGUCUUCCGCGGUCCGGCAGGCGCAGAUGAGCUACGCAGCACAGCAGCGGCUGCGCAAGACAGAGGAGAAGAAGGAACUCCAGCGGAUACUAGCGACCAUUGAGGCCGACAAGAGAGAGCGGAAGCAGCGGGAGGAGGAGCGGAAGUUGAGGGUAGCAGCCGAGGCGGAAGAGGAAGCGGGAAGGCGGCCGGAACCAGCGUCCAGCGCCCUAACCCAGCAAUUACACAAAUCGCAGCCCGAAACAGAAGCCUCAGCAGUCGCGAAUAAGAACGCGCAAUGCCACCUCCAGAUCCUCCUCUUCGACGGCUCCCGCCUUCGCCAUCCCUUCCCCCGCCACGCAACCCUCCGUCAAGAUGUCCGGCCCUGGAUCGAUGCGUCCAUUUCGAACUCCGAGAUGCCGAGAUCAGCGCUCCCGCCCUACACCUUCAAGCAGAUCCUACCGUCACAACCAGCAAGGCCUAUCCCCAUAUCAGAAGAAGAUCAACCGCUCGCGUUCAUCGGCCUCAUGCCGAACGCAACUCUCGUCCUGGUCCCAAUCGCUACGUUCACGGAGGCGUAUACAGGGAGUGUGGGGCGCGGAGUGCUGGGGCAGGCGUACUCCGGUAUUCGCUGGGUGUAUGGGGGCUUGGCGAGCGGCGUCAAUACAGUGGCGGGCGUCGUGGCGCCGUACAUGACGGGUGGUGGCCAGGCGGGGCAGGCGCAGCAGGCUGGGACGACUGCGGGAGAGGCGGAGGGUGACGGUGGGACUGCUGCGGCGGCGGUGGCGGGGAGGGCGCGGGUGAACGUGAGGACGUUGGCGGAUCAGCGAGCGGAGAGGGCCGAGGGCGCGCAGUUUUAUAACGGCAAUUCGCUUGACUUCGAACCAAACAGAAAGGACGAUAAAGAUGAGUAG